AAAUCAGUUCACUCCUGAUACUCACGCCUGUGGAGUCUUCCAGAGUGUCAGAUAAACAUCCAGGAUGGCUGUUGACUACAGUGGGACAUGGGACAUGGUCAGCAAUGUCAAUUUUGAGGGGUAUAUGGUUGCACUUGGCAUUGAUUUUGCAACACGCAGGAUUGCCUCGAUGUUGAAGCCUCAGAAAGUAAUUGAGCAAGAUGGAGACUGUUUCACAAUCAAGACGUUCACUACUUUCAGAAAUUACGAGUUUUCAUUCAAAAUUGGAGAAGAGUUCAAAGAGGUGACAAAAGGAAUGGACAACCGCUCAUGCCAGACUGUGGUCAGCUGGGACAAUGAUAAGCUGGUGUGUGUUCAGAAAGGAGAAAAGAAGAACAGAGGGUGGAUUCACUGGAUCCAGGGAGAUGAGCUUCAUUUGGAACUUACCUGUGAGGAUCGAGUCUGCAAGCAAAUUUAUAAAAGGACUCUGUGAUUGUACUAAUAAUUAUUCAUGUCAGCUAAAACCAUUUCAGACUUUGGAGAAAAGAAUUUACAGUAGUUACAUUAAAUAAGCUCAGCCACACAAUGUAGCUAUUGUACUGUUGUCAGUUGUGGAAGAAGUAUUUGUACCAAUAUUAUGACUGAUAUUUGAUACAUUUUUGGAUUACUAAGACUGAUGCAUAAACAUGUAUAAUGUGUAUAAUCUUGUUGUUAUAGAUGGUUGGUUUUAGUGCAUGAACUGUUUUGCCAUAUUAUUCUCCCACAAAAUGCAAAAUGAAUAAAAUACACAAAGGAGUCAAAAAAAAAA